UUUAAGACAAUUUGCCCUGUAUAUAUAUCCAUGUUUAUUCUGGUAAAACAAAUCAAAUUGUCGUAGAAAAGGAAAACCCAAACAUUUGAAAAUUCAUGACUGAUAUAUUGUUAUGAACAGUAAUUUUGACCACGGAAAGAGACUCUCUGUGCUGUUUAUUGUGAAUAUCUCUUGUGAAUGUGGUUGACCGUUUACAAAGAAGGGGCAUACAAUAUUUUCAGCUGCAUCCAGAUAAAUCUCAUAUUAAUGUGUACAGCAAUAGAAAAAUAUAUGGAAAUGCAGAAAAUAAACAAACGUUAAUUAAAUUAUCUAGUAGGUAUAUUUUUGAGCGAUAAGAAUCUGCAGUAUUACACCGUAAUUUAUUUCGUGAUUGCUUAUUUAUAAAAAACUACACAAAUAUGAAGCCGUCCAAACAUCGAUUGUCCAGCUUGGCAGAAGAUAUCACGAUUCCGGAGGAUGCACCGUUUCGUGUUCGCUUGCACUCGCUCUUUGGGCAGAUAGAAAAAGAAUUCGAAAUGUUAUACUUGGAAAAUUUAAGUUUGCAAGAGAAACUUGAUCACUGCAUGAGCAAAGAUCUGAUUUGCUCAUAUGAACGCUCAGCUGGAGUAAUUGCUGCAGGUGGUAGUGGUACGAACGUUAUCGCAGGAAAUACAUCGAAUACGGCACUAACUAGUACGAUCCAAACAAAUGUUACAUCCGCCUUAGGACAUGAUGAUGGAGAUACUACCGCACUUGUUUCAAUAAUUGGUGGUGGCGGAAGUAAGGGUCUGAAAGCGAAAUUUACAUCUAGCAGUAACAAAGUGAAAGCCAGUAACAAAAUUAAGGCGCAAACGAGUCGAAUUGUAUCAAGUUUCAAGGCACAAACAGUGGUUAGUCAAGUUACGCGAGAAUUCUGUGGGCAUAAAGAUGGAGUUUGGCAAGUGACUGCAAAGGUUGGACAGCCAAUUAUAGGCACAGCAUCAGCAGACCAUACCGCGUGCAUUUGGGGUAUCGAAAAUGGUCGAUGCCUUCUACAAUAUCAAGGGCAUGCUGGCUCUGUUAAUUCUGUAAAGUUUCAUCAGAACCGCGACUUGGUGUUAACAGGUAGUGGCGAUGGCACAGCACAUAUUUGGCAAGCAGCUGUUAAUUGGGAAUCUUCUAAAAGAGGCCAUUCUUCAGAGGAAGAGCUUGACGACAGUGACGAACAAUUGGAAGAUCGAGAUCGCGUUGACACGCUGCGUACACCUUUGUGCGAAUUUACCGGUCUGGGUGGUCAUUCAUCCGUGGUAGUGGCAGCUGAUUGGUUGCCCAGCAUGGAUCAUAGGCAAAUAAUAACAGGCAGCUGGGAUCGCACAGCAAUUUUGUGGGACGUAGAAUCACGCGAGCCUGUACAGACUCUUACUGGACACGACCAUGAAUUAACGCACGUAUCUGCACAUGCUUCGCAACGAUUAGUUGUUACAGCAUCUCGCGACUCAACUUUCCGUCUUUGGGAUUUUCGCUAUGAAAUUCCCGCCGUAUCGGUAUUUCAGGGACACUCGGAAAGUGUAACGUCCACUGUGUUUGCGCGCGAUGAUAAAGUAGUGUCUGGAUCGGAUGAUCGAACAGUAAAAGUUUGGGAAUUACGAAAUAUGCGCUCUGCUCUGGCGACUAUACGAACAGAUUCCUCAGUUAAUCGUUUGGCUGUCUCAAGCGUCGGAAUUAUUGCCAUACCACACGACAAUAGGCAAAUACGUUUAUUCGAUUUGAAUGGACAACGUGUGGCGCGAUUACCACGAACCAGCCGACAGGGUCAUCGUCGUAUGGUGUCUUCUGUUGCUUGGGCUGAAGAUCCAUUAUUCAAUUGUGAUUUAUUUUCAUGUGGCUUUGAUAGGCGCGUGUUCGGCUGGUCCAUAAUUUUACCGAAAGAAAAUUGAAAGUCACUAAAAGUUUAACCCAUUAUUUAUUACGAAUUUCCAACUCAUUUUAAAAUUGUACAAUAGCUACGGUUAUUGCGUGGAAGAAAAAGAAUUUAUUUAUUUAAUCUUUAUGUAGAUGAACAUCCGUAGAUGUAAUUGCUGUGAAGAUAAGUAGGACUGUCAUAAAGAUUUAUUCUAACUGUUCUAAUUAUCAACAGCAUUAAAAUGUCAGACAAUAUAGACUAUGCACUUAUUUGAUUAUUAAUUCUAACAAUUAGUCUCAGUUAAUAUUUAAAUUGCCGAAAUUAAUUUUUUGAUAGUAUUUUAAUUUUUAAAUUACACUAAAGUUUGGUAUGUAUUAAAAUGAAUAUAAAAAUUGUGAAUAUAUCUAUUGGUCCCAUUUUUAUGCAAUGGUAUGUUUAUAAUAUAUAUAAUAUAUUUUAAAGCAUUUGUUUGAUAUAUUUAAAGAACAUAUACAUCCAUAUUAGCAUUUUCUCCAAAUGCCAAGCUGGUUUACCCUAUCAAAUUAAUAAUCAAAUUUUAGGAACAUAAACAGUUGGAGCCAACUGCUUCAAUAUAAAUUAUCUAUACAAAGGCAUACAAAAUAUGUCGAAUAUUACGUUUAUCAUUUAUUUUGUACAUACUACAAAUAUACAUAACUGCACACAUACAAAUGCAAAUGUCAUUUAUUAAAUACUUCUUUUUCGAUAUGAAUAUACAACCAUAAAUGUUUACUUCUGGAUGUGUAUUGAUUACUAGUAGUUCUUAACGUAAACGCACCCGGAAAUAUUUGUUUAGCUUAUGUUCUAGGAAAAUUGUUAUUUACAUAAAUAUCAAAUAAAACAAGAAUUGUAUGUAAUUAAUUGAAAGAUUUCCAGUAAAGUUUAGUUAAUUUUAUGCUGUAUUUUUUUGCUUUGUGCCAAAGUCACAAAAAAAUUACCAAAUAUUUGUAGAGAUUAAAAUUACGCCAAGUUUAGUCCUCGGGAUAUAUCGAUAAUAUACGUCAUCGUUGUAGUUGUUCUAAAACCUCAACAUGCUGUUUGCGAUAGAUGUCUGAGUCAUCCCCGUUCCGUGCUCUCAAGUGGCUUGGGGAAAAAUGAUCUGUGGUUUCUCUUACACGAGUAUUCAAUUAAUUUUAAUUAUUAAUAUAAAAUUAAAAAUGUACAAAUUUGAGCACUAUCACCCCGGCUAAUAUACACAUUUCUAAAAUUAUGAUGAUAACUAAAAUUAAUUUAUUAUAAAGCACUUCACGACGCAGUUUUCUUAUAACGCUUCCUGACUGCACAAUAUCUGCGUCUGCGUCUUGCAGUCGUCGUGUAGAACGCAGUAAAGAUUCUCGUUGUUCAUUUAACUCGGAUAAUACCUAGAUUUAAGAAAAUAAAAUGCAUUUUAAUUACAAUAAUUUCCUUUUAAAUUUCUGCUGACUUCAGUGCCUAUCUGUUCAGUUUCGAUUGCAACUUGAUUGGAUCGUUGUAUGCUGGCAGAGCUUCGCUCAAGGAUAUCAUAACUAUUUGCCACUAAAUGAGACUGUGCAGUAUUUUGUUGCUCUGUAGACUUUUGCCAAUCGUACGGACCCGACAUUUUUAAUAGUGUUCUUCGAAUUAACAAAUCACGACUUAUUUUUCAACAAAAUGAUUUGCACUUGAUAAUAAAAAUAAUCAGCUGUUGUAUUGUUUUGAACUCAAUAUGAUAGUAUUACCAGAUAGUGAAGAUUAGUUAUCUUCACAUAAUUUAGUUUUGGUUAAUUUGUUUACUUAUUUUUAUUUCAAACUUUUUUUACAGUUGUUUGUUAAAUAAAAUAAAAGGAAUGUCGCUGGAACCAUUGUUUCUACAAAUAGUACAUUUUAUUUAAUUACCAUUAUUGAUAAAUUUAUAGGAAUACAACCCUUCAAUUCUUAACCCUUGCCACGGCAGCACGAACAAUAGAAAAUCAGUGGCAAGUAAACAAAAAUAAUUCUUGACACAUUUACAUUUUUAUAUUUAUGAAUAAGUAAAAUUGUUAUUUUUUAUAUAAAAAAAAACAAUCAGAUAUUGGCAAUAACAAAAAGUCAUUCAAUAGAAAUCACAAUGCGAAAAACUUGGGUAAAACGUGAAAAUAUUUAUUAUAAACCAUUCUAUAAGCAAAAGUCCAAGAUGUUCUUAUUAGGAGUAUUCCUAUUAGGCAUAGUGUUUAUAAUCUAUCAAGCUUUUUCCAUAAAUCAAUUGCAUAGUGCAAGUACACCAUGGAGCUUAGAAGGUACCAUGAAUGGACUUCGAAAGAAACAUUUGGAAGUGAUAAAAUCUCUUGGACGAAAACAGAGUGAUGACUACGAUGAAGGCGGAGGAGGCGGACACGUAGUUGCGGCAUUAGAAAUUAAUCCUGCGGAAGAAUCUAUUAAAAUUAUACGCGGAAUUCGUCUGUUCGAUUAUGAUUCGUAUAAACCAAACUUUGAUGGCAAGUUUCGCUGUUUGGACGGUAGUAAAGAAGUGUUAUUUGAACGUGUCAAUGAUGAUUUUUGCGACUGUCUUUUCGAUGGAAGUGAUGAGCCCAGCACAAACGCUUGUCAAAAAGGGCGUUUUUAUUGUAAAUACCAGAAAAGACACAUCACGGGGCGCGGCGUAGAUGUAUUUAUACACAGUAGUCGUGUCAAUGAUGGCAUCUGCGAUUGCUGCGAUGGCAGCGAUGAAUGGUUGACGAUUAGCUGUACAAAUAAAUGCACACAGUAAAUAUAUACAUCGUGUUUGUAAUACACCAUAAUUUGUAAUCAGUUAUUUAGUUUUAAAAGCAAUACUCUUAAAAAAGGUAAAAAUGCUAUUGUCAGUUAGGGUAAUUAAUGUAGGUUUACUUUAAAAUAAAUAGGAUUUUCAAUCGAAUAUGUUAAAUGAUGCUGUGCAUUAAAAAAUCGCCUUAUAAGUCUGUCUAAUUUGCAUUUGUGAAUAAAUUAGCUUCUAUACUCAAAGAAAAAAAUUAAUUCAUAAAAUGUAUAUUAAAAUAUUUCAAUUAUUAAAUACUAGGGGAUUGAUUAUGUAUGAUUAUAUUUUUUAAUGAUAAUAAAUUUUAUAACU